AUGAAGACAACUUCGUUGUUGGUAGCGGUGGCGCUGCUGCCUCUGGCGUGGGGCGCUUCCUCCUCCUCCUCUUCGGUUGACUGUGACGCGGACUAUGAGCAGCUCAACGCCUCGACUGGCGAGUGCGAGUGCCUCGAGGGCUUCAGCGGCUUGGGCUGCCGAAUGUGCGACGACUCGGCCGAGUCGGACGUCUGCAGUGCCAACCUCGGCUCGGGGUACUCGUGCGUCACUGGCCUCUCCUACGACUCCACCUCGCUAGGCAAAACCUACACGUGUACGCUCUCAAGCGCGCUUCAAGCUCUGUUCCCCGGUGGUGCGCUGGACGUGAGCUGUGAGCGUGACGCAGACGGCGAGGCCAACUGCGCCGCCGCCGUGUACAAGGCCAAGGACACGGUCAACGGCGUCCACGUGAUCAACUGCAACAUGACCCAGUGCUCGUUCGCGACCGGAUCGACGGACGGAGAGUGUGGCAACAUUGACUGCAGGUGCGGACCCGAGUGCUCGACCGUGACCAAGACUCUGGUGGAGGGAUCGCUGAGCGGCGUGCCGGCCAAGAUCCAGGUGAAGGCGGCGACGCAGGAGAUGUCCAUCGUGAUCGAGGGGUCCCCGCUCCCUCUGUCCGCUACGUGCAACGCGUCGGCGUGUGAACGCACUGGAGGUAGCGCAGACGCGAGCAGCGGCAGCACUGUGUUGGCCGCUACGGGCUCGGGAGAUGACUCGAGUGAUACCGGUGGUGUUGGGCUCGCUAUCGUGACGUGUGCGGUGUUGGCGGCAAUGCUGCUGUUCAGCUUCUGCGCGUGCUGCUGCUGCCCCUUUGGCGCGCGUCGUGGCCAGAAGGACGACCUCGAGAUGGAGCUGCUCAAGGCCAACGCGCGCACGGCCAACACGUUGGAGUUCCGGAACCUCAACUGCUUUGCUGUCGCGGACAAGACGUCGGGCGAGCAGAAGUGCAUCCUCAACAGGAUCUCGGGGACUGCGGAGCGUGGCCAAGUUCUUGGUCUGCUGGGCCCCAGUGGAUCCGGUAAGACGACGCUGUUGAACGCCCUAGCGGCCGUGAAGAACGGCGACGCCAAGUUCGCUGGUGAGCUGCUGCUCGACGGCAAGAAGCUGGCCAAGGGUUACCGUCGCACUGCGGCCUACGUGCAGCAGGACGACUCGCUGUACUCGACGCUGACUGUGCGUGAGUGCAUCACGUACUCGGCUCAACUCCGUCUCCCUGCGUCCAUGUCGGACUCUGCUAAGAGCGCCAUGGUGGACCGUGUCAUUGCGGAGCUCAACCUCGGCCACAUCGCUGGCUCCAGGAUCGGCGCGGUGGGUGGCAGCAGCACGGAGCGUGGCGUGUCUGGAGGCGAGAGACGUCGCGUGAGCAUCGGCAUGGAGCUCGUCACGUCCCCGCAGAUCCUCAUCCUGGACGAGCCCACGUCCGGUCUUGACAGUUCGUCGGCCCACUCGGUCGUGCAGCUGGUGAAGGAGCUGGCGAGCCACGACCGUAUCGUGAUCCUGAGCAUCCACCAGCCCAGCGCGCGCUCGUUCCUGCUGCUCGACAAGAUCAUGCUGCUCGGAAAGGGCGAGCUGCUGUACAGCGGCGCGCCGGCGGACUCCAAGCCGUACUUCCAGAACCUCGGCCACAAGUGCCCCGACAACGAGAACAUCGCCGACUUCAUCCUGGACAUCGCGACGGACGCCAGCAACAUCCCCGACUCCAAGCCGAGAGGAGUGCUGUCUUCGCUGCUGGUCGAGACCCGCGUGCUCUUCGGUCGCACAGCGCAGAACAUCCUACGUCACCGCUCGCUGUUGGUGCAGCACGUGGUGCUGAGCCUGGUGCUCGCUCUGUUCGGCGGCCUCAUCUUCAACAACGUCACGGACGACCUCGCGGGCUUCCAGAACCGCACGGGCGCCUUCUACUUCAUCCUGACCUUCUUCGGCUUUGCCAGCAUGAGCUCCAUGGACCUGUUCAUCGGCGAGCGCCCGAUUUUCCUGCGCGAGACUGGUGCCAUGUACUACGGCUCCUUCAGCUACUUCAUGGCCAAGGCCACGCUGGACGCGCUGCUGCUGCGCGUGCUACCCGCGACUCUGUUCGCUUGUAUCUUCUACUGGAUCAUGGGUCUUCAGGCCACGGCCGAGUGCUUCCUGCUGUUCCUGCUGACGCUUGUGCUGUUCAACGUGGCGGCUGGAUCGAUCUGCCUGCUCGUGGGAGUCCUCUCCAAGCGUGUCGGCUCGGCCAACCUCUGCGCGACUGUGGUGCUGCUGAUCAUGCUGUUGUUCGGCGGCUUCCUGCUCAACUCGCAGACCAUGCCGAGCUCGGUUGGAUGGAUCAAGCACCUGUCCAUCUUCAACUACGCGUUCGAGAUCCUCAUGUGCAACGAGCUCGAGGGACUCAUCCUGUCGUUCGAUGCGCCUGGAUACCCGGCCGUGCCCGUGUACGGUGAAGUGUAUCUCAAGACGCUCGGCAUGGACUACACCAACCGCUACUACGACAUUGCGGCGCUCGCACUGAUUGCCAUCGUCCUGCAGCUGGUUGCCUACAUCUUCUUGUCGAUGCAAGUGCCCGCGCACCACACGAUGGCUGCGUAUGAGAAGGACGGAGCUGUGGCGGGUCAGCCUCGCAAGGAAGAGGGAUAUGAGGCGUGCAGCUCCAGACGCACUCGCCCGUAA